AUGUCGACGGCAUAUCAUAACGGCGGGUAUUCGACAGGCGACAGCCUUGUUCCUCCGCCAUCCCUAUUGUCGCGACUUCUCUCGACGCUACCUCCGGAAAUCAUGCACUGGUUCGGGAGGGACAGACAUGCGUAUAGUAGGGUUGAAAGGAGGAGAGGAGGUUGGAAUUGGAAUUGGAGGGCUCUAGCAAGUCUACCGCAUCUAUUCGUUGUGAUUUGGGUGUUGGUUUUAUGGUGGGGGGAACGGUGGGUGUUUUGGGAUGCUGUUAGAGAGUGUGAGUGGGGGAGGUGGGAAAGAUGGCCAAAAGAAGCAACGCCUCACCACCUCAUCUUCCUCGCAGACCCCCAGAUCAUAGACCCGCACUCCUACCCCGGACGGCCAUGGCCGCUCGAGACAUUCACGAUCUUACAUACAGACAAUUAUCUGAAAAGGAGUUAUAUCUCGCUGCAGAAACUGCUGCACCCGGAUACGGUCUUCUUUCUGGGUGAUCUUUUCGAUGGAGGCAGAGAGUGGAAGACUGCAAAGGGAAAUACGCAAGAUCCAUCCUGGGCAAGCGGUCGGAGGCCCUCGGGCGAACAAGCUUAUGCCGAGACGUGGGGGAAAAGAUACGGAGAGGAUUUUUGGCUGCAUGAAUAUGAUCGAUUUGGGAGCAUAUUCGACAAAUACUGGAACGUUGCGGGCGCGGAACCGGGGCCAGGACAGAGGGGGAGGAAGAUUAUUUCGAGUUUGCCUGGGAAUCAUGAUCUGGGAUUUGGAGAGCAGAUUAAGAUCCCGAUACGGAAUCGCUUCGAGGUGUAUUUUGGGGAGACGAAUCGGGUGGAUGUCAUUGGCAACCAUACAUUUGUCUCUGUGGAUUCUGUCUCGCUGAGUGCCGGUGAUUCAACGCACGAUACGAAGGCGAUUACGCAGCCUGUGAACGACUUUCUCGAGAAUGUUCAGAUUAUGAAGCGGAAGGCUGUGGCGAAAGAAUUGGCUUUUCAGAGGGGCGAGGAGAGACUUUUAAGGGCUAAACAUAUUAUUGCCGAUUUGGAUAACGUGGAUUUUGAUGAUCCACCUACGCUGGACCCAGGGCCACAUGCUCCUGGAUUCCCCACAAUCCUUCUUACCCAUGUCCCCCUUUUCCGGAACGUAGGGACACCUUGUGGUCCAAAGAGAGAACGUUCGCCCCCAACGAAACCACCAAAAGGCCAAACGCAGCCUGUAAACCCAGACGAGCCAAACGCCAUUUCAAUUUCUAAGGGCUACCAGUACCAAAAUGUACUCAGCGAGGCCGACUCCAUCAAGCUCGUUUCCAGCAUUGGGAACGUGGGAUUAGUAUUUUCAGGGGACGAUCACGAUUACUGCGAGAUCAUACAUUCAGAAGCCAAGAAUCACGCUAGAGAAACCACAGUCAAAAGCAUGAGCUGGGCACAGGGGGUACGAAAACCAGGGUUCCAAAUGCUCAGCAUGUGGAAUCCUGUUGGACCAGACGGAAACCCGCUACAUUCAACACACACAGGUCACGGGUCCGGCGCAGCAACAGCAAUAACCACCGAAAGUCAUCUGUGUCUCCUUCCCGACCAAAUAGGCAUAUUUAUUCGCUACUUAAUACUUAUACUUAUCACCUUCACCGCGCUCAUCAUCCGCGCAGUUCUCACGCCCGUCCUAGGUCUCACUCCUUUCUCAUCUUCUUCCACAGCGUCUCAAAACCCAGACGACAGCACUCUGCUUCCCGUGUCACAGAAACGAGAACCGGACGCGCACCGCUCGUCGAAUUCUUCUACCUCAUCUACAUCAUCUAACUCCAAAAACCUCGCCCCCCGCAGCAGCGCAGCCCGCACAAGGAGCGUCAGUCCUGCCAAAGGGUAUGGGCUCCCUGCGUCUCAAGUCCGCUUCGUUACACCUCCUAUAAGUCAAGCUGGUUACUACCCUAACUCAAACGGUAAUGGAAAUGGGAAUGGCAACGGCUGGGCAAAAGAAGAAGAAGAUUUCAACAGUAGCGUUCAGAGCUCCGGCAAGAACAAAAAGGUUGACACGCCGCUAAGAAUUAUAUGGCGGGAAACGUGGACGAGUAUUUGGCGAGUAGCGUGGAUUGUGAUGGGGGUGUAUUUAUGGUUAAUUUGUUUCUAUCCUGUGUAG